UCUCUCACACAUACGGUGCACUCCUUCGAGUAGCUCGGACUCGGUGCACGCCUCGCGUCAUCUCCGAAACCCUUCCAUCUUCUUUGACAGCCCGUUUUUGGCCAGCCUGCCCCUACCAGCUCUGCGCUCCCAGCUCGCAGCCAACCACAACAGCUCUGACGACAUCUGCCACGCGCGCCCGAUAUCCUACCACGGCACUCACGCGUCGACCGCAUUCUACACACAUCGCGCACACCGCGCCGGCCGAGCGCACGCAGGUGACAAGAUGAACGGGACACAGCCCACCGCGGCCAUGCCUGUGGGCCCUGAAGAUGGCGCGAAUGGGCAGCGAGGCAGCGGAGGCUCGACACGAUCUGCGGGCAGCAGUCGGUCAAGACAGAAUGUAGGUGAUGCAUCAUAUCUUUUCAGCGGAGCGGCGGCGGAGGCAAUGGGCGGAGGUGAUGGGCGGAGUGACAAGACACUGGUGCUAACGGACAGACAAAAGCCCCAGCAGCAGCUAUCGACGAUCGAGAAAUCGGUGACCCAUCUGCUGGUCGCGACGAAGCAGUUGCUGGAGACGCUGACGAUGUGGUCGACUGGCCGCGCGACCGAGGGCGAAGUGUCGGACGUAUACGUGCGCCUGGGCUAUGAGUUCAAUAUCGCUUGUCGCGCUUUUAAUGCCAUCGGCGUGGACACGUCAGAUCUGGGACCUGUACCAGAUCUCUUGCGCACAAUAUUGGAAGAGACGCUGAGCCAGGACGCGAGCCAACAAAGCUUGGAGAAAUAUCUGCCGCGCAUACGGGAUAUCAUCAUCAAUCUCUUACACGGACUUAAGAAGAAACAGCAGAGGUUACGACAGCGCGGUACAAGAGAAGGAGGCGAGUCAAGUAGCAGGCCCCCAAGGACUGGGUCGACUGCGAGCAACGUGAGCUCGGGCACGACCUUGACUGAACAGCUGGAAGAUAUACCCACAAGAUUUUCGAGCGGCAAGACCACAGCGCCACGACAGGGAAGUGGAGAGUUGUCAGGACCAGAUCUGCCACCUCGCACCACGAGCGUGGCAGGUGGACAGCGGUCACCGAAACGCAACGCCCUCAGCCCGCAGAACAGCAUCCGCUACAGGCCUAAUGAGCAAGAUGCGCGCUCUACGGCCUCGGGCUCCUCUAUGUCUAGCGACACGAUGCAGAAUAUGCCGGUCAUUGCGCCUUAUCCAGAAACUGACACGAUACCAACCAACAACGCUGCUGAAAGGGAACCCUCUCCUGAACCACCGCGACCACCUCCAAAGGCCAACGAUGCAUUGUCAGCAUUGCAACGCGGCGGAGAGCUCGAGAGGAGGGCAUCCAGACGUUUCUCGGCAUACCAAAUACAAAAGCAUCUGGGCACAUCGAUCAAUGGCAUCCCUGCCAUUCCACCGGCUCAAAACUCACCCAUCCCGAAUAGAGGUCGAGAUGUGCGGGAGUCUUUGAACGCGGUGCGGUCACGCGGAAGUUUUAUGCACAGUCGCGUCAAGUCCCGGUCGCAGCGAACGCAGUUCGAUUCCUCGCCCAAUCGAGAAAAUGACGUGAGGCGGAUAUCCGAAGAAAGUUCUUCACAGCUGCAAGAUGACUUGGAACCACCCAACAAACCUUUCGCGGAGGACAUCAACGACGAGAUUGUGAAGACGCCUGACGACAAGCUUGGUCCCUCGUUUCUUACUGACACCGAAAAGCCAAGUGCAACGCUUAAUGGCCCUAUUGAUGAGCCAUUUGCUCCUAAUGGCGAUUACAUUGCCCCUUCGCGUGCGCCCACGAUCAAACGGCCCCAACGUGAAUCUAUACGGCAGGGACGGGAGUACACCCCACCCGCCUCUCAGUAUGUUCCAGAGGGAUCACCUCAGCCGGGCGUGCCGCUCACGUUGUUUCUGCAAUACAAGAGCAAGAUCAAGAAGUUCAUGUUGCCGGAUGGUGGAGAUCUCAGUCUAGCUCGACUCCAGCUGGCUUUCAUCGAGAAAUUCGCCUGGAAUACACACAACAAUGGUGUCGAUUUGCCCGAGAUCUACAUCCAGGAUCCUAUUUCGGGUGUCAGGCACGAACUCGAGGAUUUGAAUGAUGUCAAAGAACGUUCUGUUCUUGUCCUCAACGUCGAAGCGCUCGACGAGGUCAAACGGCACUUUGAUGAUGGUCUCGGUGGUCUGCGACGAGUCGUAGAAGACAUCAAAUCCAGCGUUGAUGAGCAGAAAUCAUCGAUCCAAAGAGUAUCCGACAGGCAGCAAGAAACAGCGAAGGAGAUUGCGAGCAUAGCCGCAGCUCCACCUUCCGCGCCAGUCGUGUCAACAGCGAGUGUAACAGUCACUGGUAGCAAGGACAUGACAGGACAGCUCAAGGAGGUACAAAGUCUUCGACGUGAUCUUGCCGUGGUUCGUCAGACAUACAAUUCUUUCGUCCAGGACAUGCAGGCUUCCAUGAACACCGUACGCACGAAAGCAACCCAGGUCAAGAAGGCUGCAGCAGAUACGGCCAUUCCCGAUAUGGACAACAACACCGGCCGCUCGUACGUCAACAACGGCAAGAAGUCACUAUCUGCGGACAGCGAAAAGAUCGUCAAUAAGGUCGAUGACCUUCAAGAUCUUGUUGAAGAUCUCCGGAAGGAUGUGGUCAGUCGCGGAGUCCGACCUCUUCCUCGGCAGCUUGAAGCUGUCAGCAAGGAUAUCAGUACUGCAACAUCCGAUCUCAAGAAGCUUCAAGAAUUCCUCAGACGUGAGAAACCUGUUUGGACAAAGAUUUGGGAGAAGGAGCUGCAGGUGGUGUGUGACGACCGAGAUCUUUUGACCAUGCAAGAGGAGCUCGCAGCAGAUCUCGAGGACGAUCUCGAAAAAGCCUCGCAAACCUUCGCGCUCGUCGAGGAGGCUACCAGGCAGCAAAACCUGCAGAAUCCAGAUGCCACUGCGUCGACCGGAGUUCGAUCGACAUCACGCACAAUUGCGCUCAAACCCGUCGCAGAUCCGCACGAAGCCAAGGACAGUGUGCUCGGCGAAGUUCGUGCGUUGCAACCGAAUCACGAAUCUCGACUGGAAGCGAUCGAGCGUGCGGAGAAGGCGCGCCAAAGAGAGCUGGAGGAUCGCAAAGGCGGCGAGUUCCAGCGUGAGCUCGGCAAUUUCGUCGAAGAAGGCAAGCUGAAAAAGACCGGUGGGCAUGAAGAAGUUGAGCGCCUGCGUAAAGUCAGAGAGGAACAGGCACGCCAAGAAGCAAGUCGCAUGAUGGAAGAAAGGCGACGGAUCAUGGCCGAGAAGCAAGCGGCAGAAGAAGCCGCCGCAGAGGCUGCAGCUAAUGGCGAAGCCGAGCCUGCUGAUGGAACUGACGCCGACACAGAAGCUGACAAUGGAGCUACUUCACUGGAAGCCCCAGCUGAAGACAAAGAAGCAGUCUCGGACGGCGAAGGCGCAACGUUCGUGGACGCAAAAGAAGAGGUGGGAAAUUCUUCCGAGGCCGCGGCAUCGUAGGAAGAUACGACGGUCAAGGUUGACGAUUAUGGCGACGACAACAACGAUGAGUUCUACGAGGAACAUGAUGAAGAACAUAACAAAGGUCCACUUCACAGUAGUGGACACGAUGAUGACGGUUCACUUCUUCAUAACAACAAUACUUUCUCCCGCAUGGCCCGCCCGCUGUCGCACCGAUACGAGGAACCGACGAUUGCGAGUUUACUCCGUAGAAAGGAGCAGGCGCAACAACAACAGCAACUUGUCAUUGAGACGGGCAAUAUCAAUGGUCGAGAAUCUUCUUCUUCGCCUUCGUCUUCGAGUGUGAGGAUUCGAAGGAAGAAGGUUCCGCGAAGGUCUUCGACUUCUUCUUCAUCGGCUUCGCCGGGUAAACGCAGUCCCUGGCUGGGUCGAAGAAGUUCGUUGCAUGUGGGCGAUUUGCUGUCAGGGUAGCUUAGGCCGGCGAGUCGCGGGAAGGUGGUCAUAGAUUGGCACUUGCAUGUAGAUCAGCCUGCAUUUGUAUAUAUUUGACGCUGAUGA